CCCCAUCACUAUGUGACAUCAGCUGCGCCUCUGCUCGAAGGGGUCGCCAACACACGCACACAUCCGCAGUCACGUAAAGUCGCACAAACGUCAAAAGUAUCAAAAUAAAGCGAAGCUUUCCUGCAAAUUUUUGGGUAACCUAGAAUCUUUUGACUAGCUUUUGUUGAUAAUCGAAAAGUGUAUUGCCAAGCGCUGAAAACGGCGCAAACGAGUCGACUUCCGUGGCGGAACCCGUAAACAACAAGCCACAGCCAUCAUGGAUCAGAUGCAGCUCAGUCCGGGAUUUUCGAUCCCGAGUAUUGGGACGCCGUUGCACCAACCGGAAGAGGACCAGCAAAUUCUUCCGCAUGCCUACCAACAGCAGCAACAAUCGAUGCCUCACAUGACUCCGAUGGGCGGGCUCAGUGCGUACGGGCUGCCCUCCGGAAUGAACACACCCGGCAAAAGUAUGCACACGUACGCGCCCAGUUUCGCUGCGCCCCAGAGCAUGAUCCAACCACAGACACCGCAAAGCCUCAUGUCCCCGAUGGUGCCCAUGACGGAGAGCAAAGCUUCGGCCACACCGGUGCACAACAGCGGAGGCAGCGUGCGGGAUCCGGACAACAUCGGCAGUGUUAACAUUCACCAAACGAUGGGUCCCGCCACGCCAAUGACUCCGAUGACCCCGAGCGAACCGGCAAUCCUACCGCAGUUGCAGAACAUUGUUUCGACGGUGAAUCUCAGCUGUAGGCUGGAUCUAAAGAAAAUUGCCCUGCACGCCCGUAAUGCCGAGUACAACCCGAAACGUUUCGCCGCCGUUAUCAUGCGAAUCCGAGAACCGCGAACCACGGCACUGAUUUUUUCCAGCGGGAAGAUGGUGUGCACCGGGGCGAAGAGCGAGGAGGACUCUCGGCUGGCGGCGCGCAAGUAUGCGCGAAUUAUUCAGAAACUUGGAUUUACGGCCAAAUUCCUGGACUUCAAAGUACAAAACAUGGUGGGCAGCUGCGAUGUGCGGUUUCCCAUCCGAUUGGAAGGUUUGGUGCUAACACACGGUAAGUUCAGCUCCUACGAGCCAGAGCUGUUCCCCGGAUUGAUCUACCGUAUGGUGAAGCCCAGAAUUGUGCUGCUUAUAUUCGUGUCCGGAAAGGUGGUACUAACGGGAGCAAAGGUGCGGCAGGAGAUCUACGAUGCGUUCGAUAACAUUUAUCCAAUUUUGAAGAGUUUCAAGAAGCAAUAACUCGGGGGAGCUUCUUCAUUGCACAUCUUCAACGAUACUUCAUUUAGUUUCCUGAGUUGUUUGUUUUUUGACUUCUGAAAGUAAUAAUGUUCAUGCAAAUGUAUAGCAGUUGUUAAUUGCUGAAUUGCCAUUGAUUAGGCAAAUUUUCAAAAUAAAUCAAGACUUAUGUAAAAAAAAUUUGCAACGUUUUCAGAAUGUUGCGACGCGAUAACGAGACGAUAUCAUUUUUUACCAAACAUGAAACGGUUUCCCCUGAGCAGGAUUGUAACUUUAAGCCAAUAAAUUCGGUAAUAGAUUUACUUAUGAAUUAGUAAAGGAAA